CAAAAAGCGCACUUUUAUCCAGCUUGAUUUUCUUGCGCAGAGGAGAAAAGAGCUAUUGUUGAUCUCUCGUUCGAGAAGCAGUGUAAGGUGAUCUGCUUAUACUAUAUUUUAGCACUCCAUUUUCCCCCGUGUUUUGAAUAUCUUCUACUACUUUUCCGAUGCCUGCUUGAUUGAAGUUUUUUGUCUUGAUCGAAAGGAAAAGCGUUUUAACAUUCUGUUGAUUGAAUACCAAUUGAAAUUUGAAGUUCCAUGGGGGCGUAUUUAUUGUUUCUGAUUGAUUUUGGUAGAAUUGUGUUUGCCCCUGAUGUGUUUGAUAUCUGUUCAAAAUUUGGGAAAUGCCAAUUUCCGUGACCAAAGCUUGUUUUUAAUGUUCUGGAAAAGCUCCCUGGACUAAAUGGGUGCUUACUAAUUAACUUGGGAAGUGGUUCCCUAAUUUCCAAGGAACACGCUAUGGUUUGGUUUGUGCAUUAAGCUGAUGAAAGGCAGCUUUCCGAAGUAUCAAGCAUAAUGAUACUUUGGUUUAGUAUUGAUAUACGUUGGGAAAAUGGAGCUGACCAGUUUAAUUAAGCAUAGAAGAAUCAGCAUCCACAUUAAAUUUGAAUUAGUUUUUUUCUACUUACGUGUAUUUUCAACUAGUUUGAUUUGUUUGUGGAUAAUUUUCUAUUGCAUGUCUUAUUGGGUUGGCUUAAAUUGCUUAGAUCACUCAACCAUCCUGGCUUUAAGUGAUGAUGGUUUUAAAAUUUUGAACUUUUUAUUUGUAGGGAGAGACAAAGAGCUUAGAUUCGUAGGUGCUUUUACAAGUUCUCCACCUUUGAAACAGUUGUUUUUCUGCAGUAUUCCUUUAAUUGAAUUCCAUUGCAGAAGAUAUCAAUUGCUUCAACAUGUGUUUUUCCCCUGGAACUCAUCUGCGACCUACCUGACUCUGAAUCAAAAUGUGUUGUGCUGAUGGGAGAAAUGUUAUGAAGUUUCAUGAUUUGUGUAUUAGUCAGAUGCAAAACUUUCCCCUGUCUCACUUUUGUCCUUCUUAUCUGAGCAGUCCUUAACAGAAAUGGAUGAGUAGUAAAUAUGGAUGAUAGGAUAUUUCAGUUUGCUACCUGUCUCGCACAAUUUGUGUAUUGCGUGCAUUUUUGCGAGCAAAGUUAUAUCUUUUUCUUUCAUAUUGUAGAAUCCACCUGAAAUUCUAUUUUUAUUUGUGAAAUUUUUUGGGGGUAUAUUAGAAUCCACUUGAAAUUCCACAUGAAUUCAAUUACAGGUCUAUGAAUCACAGCUUAGUUUUUGUACAGUACAACAAAAAUUAGCUUUCAGCAACUAACUCUCGUAUCUGGUGUACUCUUCUCUUUUUUUUUAAAAAAAAAUAAUAAUAAAAAAAAAUUCAAAGUUAGCUGGAAAACAUGUCACAGAGUUAUUUUGUAGGUCGUUCGUGUCUCGUAUAUGGAGACUAGUGUCGCAUUCUCCGACGUUUGUUCAGUUUCGGUCUCAACCCGGCUUCAGAGGCUAAAAGAACACCACAAAACAAACACAAAAAUAAAAACUGAGAGAUGUUGUUGCGCUCCUUCAAUUCAAAACCAUGGAGAACAGGGAUCUAUGAAUUCAAUCAAGGGCACAACCAGUAUCAGUUCGAAAUAACAUCAACACUCUACCCAAAAAAGAAGAAUUGAGGGCUACCCAAUACUGUAGAGGAGUUAGCUCCAAUCAAAAGGGCAAUAUGGCAACUGCUUUCAGAUCAUUAGCUCGUGCUAUGAGGAGAACAAUGUUCUCACCAUUGUAUGCUUCCAGAAUGAUGUUGCACUCCCAUGCCACCAGUUUUGGUUACAAGGAAGUAAGAGAGGAAGAAAAGAGCCAGUUGGUGGGUAACGUCUUCACUAGUGUCGCUUCAAAUUAUGACCUUAUGAAUGAUUUGAUGAGUGCCGGGUUACAUAGAUUAUGGAAGGACAGAUUGGUUUCAAAAUUGAGUCCAUUUCCUGGUAUGAAGCAUCUUGAUGUGGCUGGUGGUACAGGGGAUGUUGCUUUUAGGAUAUUAGACUCUAUCAACAGUGAGAAACGCCAAGCCUUGCAAGACUCCCCCGAAGAUAGCUUAUUGGAGGAGACUCAGAUUUAUGUGUGUGACAUUAACCCCAACAUGUUGAAUGUUGGUAAGAAGCGGGCUCAAGAGAGAGGUCUCUCCGAGGUUAGAUCUCUUGUUUGGGUGGAGGGAGAUGCUGAAGCCUUGAAUUUUGACGACAAUUCAAUGGAUGGCUACACAAUUGCCUUUGGUAUCAGAAAUGUUACACACAUCGAAAAAGCUCUUGCAGAAGCUCAUAGGGUGCUUAAACGAGGAGGAAGGUUCCUUUGCCUUGAACUGAGCCAUGUGGAUGUUCCGAUCUUUAAAGAAUUGUAUGAUAUGUACUCAUUUUCGGUCAUUCCGGCCGUAGGAGAGCUAGUUGCAGGUGAUAGGGAGUCUUAUCAGUACCUAGUGGAAAGUAUUCGUCGUUUCCCGCCACAGGAGAAAUUUGCUUCAAUGAUUGCUGAUGCUGGAUUUCAGAAGGUUGAAUAUGAGAAUCUGGUGGGAGGGGUAGUAGCCAUUCACUCUGGGCUCAAGUUCUAG